AUGGGGGCAAUUAUUCCGAGAAGGUGGGGGCCUUUGGGGUAAUGGUGGUCGAGACAAGAACCUUCCUUCCUUACUUCCCACCAUCUUCACUCUCACACACCCUUUCUUUUCACUCUCAAUUUCACUAUAUUUCAUUUUUCUCCUUCACCAGCUGACUUCUAAGAACCUGGACUAGCAACUUUCCUCAUCAUCAUGCAAAACUCCCUGCUUGAUCCACAAGAUCAGAGGAUUACUUCCUGCAUGGAGGAUUCUACUGCAAUGACUAUUGAAUUCCUGCGGGCAAGGUUGCUUUCUGAAAGGUCCAUCUCAAGAAGUGCUAGACAGAGAGCUGAUGAACUGGCAAAAAAGGUCAUGGAAUUGGAGGAGCAACUAAGGAUGGUGAUUCUUCAGAGGAAGAUGGCAGAGAAGGCCACUGCUGAUGUUCUUGCCAUUUUGGAGAGUCAAGGGAUAAGUGAUGUAUCUGAAGAAUUUGAUUCAGGCUCAGACCUUGAAAACCCUUGUGAUUCUAGUAUGAGUAAUGAGUGUGCAAAAGAGGGUGAGGAGCCUAUGAACUCAAAAGGAAGACAGCAUGGAUCAGAUGAAAUGUCUGGUUCCAAUAUAGAUUCUUCGCCAGUAUCCAGUAAAAAUUUGUCUUGGAAAGGACGCCAUGAUUCUCCCCACUCUCUUGAAAAGUACAAGACCAAGACUUCUAAUUUGAGGAGGCAAAACAGUUUUUCAUCAAUCAGUUCUUCACCAAAGCAUCGCCUAGGAAAGUCAUGUCGCAAGAUAAGACAUAGAACCAGGUCAGUAGUGGAGGAGUCUAGAGAUAAGUUUGUUAAAGUCAACUGCCAAGAAAAUGAACUUGCAUCCUCUUCUGAAGGAUUUCCAAAUUUCUCAGAUAGUGGGUCUAACAUCCUGAAAAUAGAAGCUAAAAUUCAAGAAGAGGAUGGAUCAGAGGCAAACCUACAUAACAAAAAUCAUCAUGCAGAUGUAUAUGGAAGAGAGAAGGACAUGGAAAAGGCACUUGAACACCAAGCCCAACUUAUUGACCGAUAUGAAGCUAUGGAGAAGGCUCAAAGAGAAUGGGAAGAGAAAUUUAGAGAGAAUAACAGCACAACACCAGAUUCGUGUGAUCCGGGGAAUCACUCAGAUAUGACUGAGGAAAAAGAUGAAUGCAAGGUUCAGAUUCCAUAUGCUGCUAAGGUGGUCACCUCAAAUGCUCAAGAGAGUAAAGGAGAACCCAAAGGUGUUUGCUUAUCUGAAGAAAAAUCCAAAGCCGAGGCCAGAGAUAUUAUGCCAAAAACAUAUGAUGACACAGGAGGUUACAGCAACCAGAUGACAACUUUUACCACUUCUGAUUUGCUUGGUCAAGAAAAUUCACAUUCCACACUGAAGGGAAACCAAAAUGAGAGCUCAGUAAAUGGUCACUUUCAGUCUUCUGAUAUGAACCAUAAAGAUCCAAGUAGGCAUGAUUACCCUGAUUCCAGACCUACUUCUUCGUUUCCAACUGAUAUUCAUGGUGUUCAGCACCAAAAUGAUGCUUCAAGAAGCAAAAAUGAUCUCUGUGCAUUAGUUACUCAUGAACAAUCUCACAAGUUCAAUGGUGUACUUGAAUCACUUAAACAAGCUAGGAUAUCUCUACAGCAGGAGCUCAAUAGGUUGCCGCUAGUAGAGGGUGGGUACACUGCUAAACCAUCUGCUUCUGUUAGUAAAAGUGAUGAUAAGUUUGAAAUUCCUGUUGGGUGUUCUGGUCUCUUCAGACUUCCGACAGAUUUUUCUGAUGGAGCAUCUGCAAGAUUCAAUGUUCAUGAUCCAACUGCUGCAUUUGGUCCAAACUUUCAUCUUAAUAGAGGCAUAUCUAGAGCUUCAGAUGGUCAGUUUCUCACCGGUCCUCCUUACUCCGGCACAACGUUGAGCUUGACUGCUGAUGAUCAAUCUCUUGUGACCCGAUACUUGGAAAAUGGGUCAAGAUUGGAUUCUGACAAGUCCUCUUUUGAUCCUUUCUUAAAUGGGGGUCCAAUCUCUUCCGGUAAAUACAUGUAUCCCUCGUUUCCCAUCAAUCCAUCGUAUCAAAAUGCAACAUCGCAGAUGCCAUUUGGUGAUGAAGUUUCAAGACCCUUUUCAAGUAGCACAGUUGGGGUUCCUCAUGCAUAUCGUUUCUCAUUUAAUGGUGAUCAUUUAAGGUGAAACAUGUACAUAGUUCCAUUAGGUUGCUAGCUGCUAUGUUUGGUGUAAAAGUAAUGGUUUUUAUUUGUCAUGUACCUUGAGGUGAUUCUCUGUAUUCUCUCUAGUUGUGUUGGGAAGAGACUUUUAUAUGACAAAAUACAUUAGGUUGCCGCACUAUCUACCGAACUGAACUAUUUUUUGGUUAUCAAUUUAUCUCGAGAUUGAUAGUUUGAAACUUUGAGAUUGAUUUUGAUAAUGUGAAA